CUGCGGCUGCGGCUGCGGGGUGCGCUAAGGAGCUCCUUUCGUAUGUGGACCUGCCGCAGCCUUCCACGACGACAGCAGCCGUCGGUCAGCAUGGAUUCGACUCGUCUAUGGGCAACCGUCCAGCUGCGUAAAAAUCUUCCGCGGCCAGGGCGUUCAAAACUCGGGGUCUGGCAAUGUCUCCAUAGGGAAGGACCUGAACAUUGGCAGGAUUGAUUCAUGGUGAAAGGACUCAGACUUUCGGCUAUCUGGCAUGCCGUUAUCUACAUCCUGUCGCGGGAAUGGCUGGAAGUGAUGACCAAGUACUCUCAUUUCCAAGCCUGUCAAGGUAGGCUGCCUGUUGCACGCGAUCGAAGUUGACAGCGCAUUGAAUUGUCUGCUCAAUAGGUCUAAAAGUACAGAAAAGAACGCUUCCUUAUACUAAUGGAGAGAAGGCAAGGGAGGCGUUGUAAUC